AUGCCUACUUUCGGUUUGCUAGACGAGGACUACAAAAGCGAUGAAAAUGCGUACAUAGGCCACAAGGAUCUAUUUCUGAAACGAUUUGCUUUUCCAACUAUCAAACCAUUGGAUAAGGUGGUGUCAACAGCCGUUCAUUCGACAUUGUCAAGACUGCUACGUGAAAAGCAUUCACCUCUGGGAAGAAAGGAGCUAGGAGGUUCAGAAAUUCAUUCAACCGCCACUUAUAAUAUAUCAAAUUCCUUUUCACCACUCAAGACUCCGGAAAUUAAAUGCAAAGAAGAAGGCUGCUCAGCAGAAACGAUUGCCGACUACUAUAUCCAGAAAGCAAAGGAUCGCUUCGAUAAAAAACCUGUGGAAAAGACUGUACUCUUGCCACCUACUGGGUUAUUACGGAAGUGCUCAAAUGCUGCAACGAAUGAUCGCAACCAAAUUGAAAAUAACGGCAAAAGAAUUUACGGUGAUGCUGUGUUCAGUGGAAAUGCGGAUUCUUCGUGUGAAAGAUACCUAAGUGCUCCUUCCUCUGCGACAUAUUCAUCGCCUUCGAAAUCACUAGAGAAUUGCUAUGUUGCUGAAAUGAGGCUUGCUGAAGCUUGUGAGAAGGCCAAGAAGCAUAUGGAGGAGGAUAAAGAUCAGAAACCUCUACGAGUUCUCACAAAACGUACGAUCAUUGAAAAAGUCACUGUUGAAUCAAAGAAGACUGCAUCAGAAUCAGGGAUCAUAGCAGUUGCUCAGUUCUUCUCUAGUUUAUUCACUGGAGCGGAAGUACUCGGGUAUGGAGAAAAACCUCUGCAGUUACCAGCUGGAGAUCCAGUUCGCUAUGCUUAUAUGGUCGCGAUUGAAUCCUACAUGAGUCUCGUAGAACGCGAUCCUCCUCUUGUUCACGUCAUAAGUCUCAUACUUAUUCGAAUCUGUGAGGGUGUCUCGGAUUUCGAAUCGGUCCUAUUGGGAAAGAUCAUGCGGUCAUCACAAUUAUUAACUUUGAACGAAGAAAAAUGCACUGCAUUCACUAAACAGGUAGCGGCUACAGAAGAUAUGAGGUUCUCUCUCAUCCCUGAAACAAGUGCAAUCAAGUUAUUCAUAAAUCUUCACGUUGUAGGAUUGUCCUCUGAAGGUGUUGCUCACUUCACCGAGAAAGGUCUGUGGAACGUCAUAUCAUUUUUAAUUAGUGGGGAACUCCGGACAUUUGCCACUUCUGCUAUCUUACUGGAGCUCAUAGAGAUUGGAAACGCUCAUCUGAUGCGUCUGUAUCCUCAAAGGUGGCGCGAUGCUUUUAAUAAAAUCGCAUCCACUUUGAUCCCACGUUUACAGGACGAUAUUAAUAAGAACGAUAUCAGAAGAAAUGCAGGAGAAGACGUUAUAGUGUCUAAUUUACGGCAUGCAGUGUUGGGGUAUUCAGCAGCUGCUGUUUCCGCCAAAUAA